CCAAAUCCCCAGUCCAGUCCCCACCUCUCGAGAGGGUUUAGAAGCUUCCGGAGGCGAAUCGGCGAUGAGUUCCACCGGAGGCGUCGCCGGCCGCGGCAAGGCAAAGGCGACCAAGUCGGUGUCGCGGUCGUCCAAGGCCGGGCUCCAGUUCCCCGUCGGCCGCAUCGCGCGCUACCUCAAGGCCGGCAAGUACGCCGAGCGUGUUGGCGCCGGCGCCCCCGUCUACCUCUCCGCCGUCCUCGAGUACCUCGCCGCCGAGGUGCUGGAGCUGGCCGGGAACGCGGCGCGGGACAACAAGAAGACCCGGAUCGUGCCGCGGCACAUCCAGCUGGCGGUGCGCAACGACGAGGAGCUGAGCAAGCUGCUGGGCUCGGUGACGAUCGCCAACGGCGGCGUGAUGCCCAACAUCAACCAGGUGCUGCUGCCCAAGAAGGCCGGGCCCAAGGGGGAGCUGGGCUCGGCCUCCCAGGAGUUCUGAGCGCGCGCGGCUUCAAGGCGAAGAAGGAGAGGCCGUCCUGUCAUGUGAUCUUGUCUGCCUGACGACGAUGUUCAUCUGAAGUUGUGGGUUGGGGUGUUUCGGGAGUCUGAAACUCGGGAUGGAAAAAAACCUUGGUGUCUUCUGGGCUCUGUCGUGGUUGAAUGAGUGAGUCGAUCGAUCAGUAGAAGAGAGAAAAUAUAUACUAUGUGGUUUCGUAUAUGCGAAAAUGAUGGUGCGCAGCUGUCUUUUAAUAUUGAUUUGGUUCGGUUGUUUGAA